AUGCAGCUACUAGGCCAGAUUUUUCGAAGGUACGCCAGCCUACGCGCCAAACUGAGGGCCGAACAGGUGAGCAAAAAUGUGAGCAACCGUGUGGGAAACCAUGUAAGAAACGAUAUGGGAUAUCGUGUGACCAACGACGCGAACAGAACACACGGAGAGGCGGGCAGCCCCAACGGAAUAAGCAGAAGACAGAGGGAGAGGAACACAAAAAUUGAUGUAAAAAUAUAUGAACAGUUAAAAAAAAAAAUGUUGGGGAAACCAUUGAAUAAGGUGCAAAGGAAAUAUCUGAAGGAAAAGAGACCCAAUUUUGCGCCCAUAUUCUUAGACCAGUUAAAGCCAAGAAUGAUAUUAUACAAAACGGCGAUUGAAGUAAGUGAGUUGCCUUUACCAAAAUAUCCCGAAAUAGCAUUUAUAGGAAGAUCAAAUAGUGGAAAAUCUACACUAAUCAACGAAUUGUGUGGGAGAACAAAUAAAGCAAAGGUGAGUAAAUUACCAGGAUGCACAAAAGAAAUACAUUUUUACAAAAUUGCCAAGCCCUGUUUGUUAUGUUUAGUGGAUUUGCCAGGAUAUGGAUUUGCACAUAGUAAGGAAGAAUUACGGCUACAGUGGAAUGAAUUUACUUUAUUUUAUUUAAAAAACAGAAAAAAUUUAAAAAAAGUUUUUGUUCUCAUUGAUUGCAGAGUUGGACUAAAAACAAGUGACAAAGAAUUGCUCCAUUUUUUCGACCGAUAUAAUAUUAAAUAUCAGAUAGUCUUUAGCAAAUGUGACUUACUGAAUACGAAAGACUUAGCCAUAAAAAUGCAAAUCGCCAACGAAGAAAUCGCGUGCUUUAAAAAUUUGGACGCCCCAAUUAUUCCCCUCAGUUCCCUGAAAAGACAGAACUUGAAUGAGCUGCGCAGGGAAAUUGCCAGAUACCAGCUCAACAAAACCAUCGUCAAAAAUAACAUCGUAAUGAAGAUCAACGAUUUGAUCGAACAGAGGAGGUUGAGGAAGUUGGCCGUGGGCGCCAAUAGCAGCCUUAUCGGUGUUGGCGGCGCAGUGGAGGACCAGUUUAACAUCCCCACGGGCAACCACCCAAACGGGGGGAACACAAAAAGCAAAAGUAAAAACAAUGCUACCAAUGUAGGUGACAUUGUGUCGAAGGAAAUACUACUCAGCGAUGACACCAUAUCGGACGCAUUAAAUAGGUGGAAAAAAUUGGACAAACCGGUCGUAGACCCACCUUUUAAUCAAUGCAUGGGUUACCACAUGAAGCUCAUAAUAAACGCCCUGCAAGAAAAGUUUCUGCGCCAGUGCCGUGAAGAGUUUAACGAGAACGACCUAAAUAUUAUUGACAACGUGAUUGAGAAAUGCAGUAAACUGGGUCACCAAGAUGAGAUUUUGGCGGACUCAUCUUCAAGGCAGGUGAAUGGUGCAGAACUGUUCUGCGUGAACAGCACACAGAGUCAUUACAAUAAAGGGACCACCUACAUGCAAAAUAAACAAAGGAAAUACAAGAAAGGCUUGGAGUUGAGCGAACAGCAAUUGGAAGGUGACAGGGAGAAGAAGCACAUUUGGGGGGAGACCAUUGACGACAUAUCCAGCAAGCAUGUUAGUGCAGAUUUAUCACCAUGGGGAAGGUCUCACGGAGGAGCCAGAAAAAAGAUUUGCGCAGAACAAAAUGAGAAAAACUACGAGAGGAGCGACGAAACGCUAUCGGAACAGACGUGGGAUGCGGAGCUACCGGUGGGUGAUAAUCACGCAACAUAUUGUACAAACGGUUUGGAUGUUCCCCACAGUGGGAGGGGUAAAAACAAAACUGGUGAUUAUUCAAAUCUGCCUUUGCUAAGUAAUAUCGACUCGAUGGAACUAGAAAAGGAGCUACUUUUGGAUAGUCUACUUUUAUCGGAUGAAAAAAAUAAGAACAAAUAUGAGUACCUCCAUUGCGAAAAUGUAAAAAUGGAUAAUCUGUUUGAAGAAAACAACAGCAAAUCAUGGAGCGAUCAGUUUAAACGUGAGGAUUAUUCCAAGGUUAAGGAAAGCAUUUUGUUGGAGGAAGAAGAUACGUAUACCCCUGAGGAUUAUGCUAGUGGGUUAAAGAGGAGUAAAGCGGCCACACAGAAUGGUGACAGCCUCUCCAAUUACACCUUUAACAUAAAGGAUAAAGACACGCAUCAAAUAUACGAAAAAAUCAAGUCAGAUUCGUACAAGAUGUACAGCAGUAGGCAGCUGGAAAAUUUAGACAUACAAACCAGUUGGGGCACACCUGGACAAGGCAAAAAUGUACAAAGGGGAAAACCGCACAUUACUACUGUUCGUUCUGCUUCACAAGGGGACAGCACCACUGUUGAAAAAAGUUCACCAAUAUCUAGUGGCUCUUCCGGUGAACUACCACCCCACCAGCGGGCGUCCCCCACGUAUGGACAAAACACCGGUGUGAAGAAACGUUACAUUGGCUUAAAAACCAGAAGCAGUAUUAUCAAGGGAACCAAAAAAUUAAAAUUAUUUGGAAAAAAAAGAACUACUGAUAUUGUUCACGUUCCGAUCGAUUUGGCAACGGACUAUUUUAAGUUAAGCAACAACUCCACCGUUUACGAUAAAAGGAAGAACAGCUGGAAUUAUAUUAACUCCAAGUAUAACAAGUGGCUUAAGAAAAUGACCCGCAAGAAGAUUUCCACCGAAAUUACCAGCCCAGUUAAAAAGGUAGACGUCAUGGUGAGAUAUGCACAGAAACAGGAAAGCAAAUAUAAGAAGGAGAAGAACAAGGUGCUCAUGCGGAAGAAGAACCUGGGCAUGAUUACCAAACCGCCUAAUCAUAAGAAGGCCUCAAAGAUUUCAAAAAAUUAUACCCUAUCCGAUGAGCAAAAGAUAUUUGAUAGGGAGGCCUUUUUUAAGUAUCGCGAUGUCCAAAAGUGA